AUGACGCACGCGACAGUAGGAGGGCAUGCCGUUCAUAAAGUGAAGCUCCAGGAGACCCUCAGUUUAGACCUCAGCUCAGACCUCCCCCUGAAGGCUGCCAUGUCUCUGGAGGUCAGCACCAACGUUUCCACAGUAUUUUUAGACUCCACAGGAGACAAAAACCAGUACCACAUCUGGCUCCCCGGGAUCGGGAUCGCAGCAGUCUACGGCACCAUCAUCAUCGUGGGUCUGGUGGGAAACGUCACUCUGAUGAAGACGUGUCUGACGGUCAAGUCCAUGCGGACUGUGCCGAACUUGUUUCUGUCCAGUCUGGCUCUGGGGGACGUCCUGCUGCUGGUGACCUGCGCCCCGGUGGACGCCAGCAGAUACCUGGUGGACGAGUGGCUCUUCGGUCGCGUGGGAUGUAAACUGAUCCCGUUCAUCCAGCUCACCUCGGUGGGAGUGUCCGUGUUCACCCUGACCGCUCUCUCUGCUGACAGGUAUAAAGCCAUAGUGAAACCACUAGACAACCAUAGAUCUAACACUAAGCUCAGGGUCUGUUUUCGAGCCGGAGCUAUCUGGCUUCUGUCAGUGACUCUGGCCGUUCCCGAGGCCGUCUACUCUGACCUGCACACCUUCACCACCAGCACCACCAAUGAGACGUUCAUUACCUGUGCACCCUACCCACACGCGGGGGAGCUGCAUCCCAGAAUCCACUCCACCGCCUCCUUCCUCAUCUUCUACAUCAUCCCACUCUUCAUCAUAUCUGUGUACUACUGCUUCAUCGCUCUCAGCUUGGUCAGGAGCUCUGUGGAGAUACCUGCUGAUGGAAAUCUGCACUUUCAGAGACAGAUCAAGUCCAGACAGCGAGUGGCCAAAACCGUGCUGGUGUUUGUCGGCCUGUUUGCCGUCUGCUGGCUGCCCAGUCACGUGAUCUACCUCUACCGCUCCUACCACUACAAUCAGGUAGACACCUCCCUGGGCCACUUCAUCGCCAGUGUGUUUGCUCGCAUUCUGGCUUUUACCAACUCCUGCGUGAACCCGUUCGCCCUCUACGUGAUGAGCAAAAGCUUCAGCAAACACUUCAACAGGCAGCUGCUGUGCUGCUCUACUCCCAGGAGUCUGAAGAGUCAGAGCAGCAGGAAUACAAAUAUAAGCACCGUCUGA